AUGCUCGAUAUGAUCACAUCCUUUGGGAAAUUAGUCACGAGCCAGGAAUCCUAUGUCAGGCCAGAGAUAACAGAAUGCAUCGCUAUCAAGUCUGGCCGCCAUCCUAUUCGAGAUAAGGUCCGUAUGGCUCAUUACAUAUCAACUAAAAAUAUUAAUCUGCGUCUUUUUCAGGUGCCAUCACAUAAAUUCGUGCCCAAUGAUUACUAUGCAACGCAACAAUCCCGUUUCCAGAUAAUUACCGGGUGUAACAUGAGCGGCAAAAGUACAAAUAUUGAUGAGAGAAGCCUUGCUGUAAUUGAUGAACUUGGCCGUGGGACCAGUACAAGGGACGGUCUUGCAAUUGCUUUAAGCAUCGCAGAAGCAUUAUCACAGACUCGAGCAGUCAUCUGGUUUGCCACCCAUUUCAAAGAGCUUGGAGCACAAAUCAUGUCUGAGCGUCCUGGAGUUGAAGUUUAUCAUUUGUCAGUCGACAUGAGUGAUUUGAAUUCCAUGACAAUGCUCUAUAGACUUAGUCAGGGCUGUGUUAAAGAACAACACUAUGGUAUUGCUCUAGCGCGUGUGGUUGAUUUGCCUCCAAGGGUUCUCGCAGUGGCCGAGGAAGUCUCGAAGACUAUCAUUGCUCGAACCGCUGCUAAGAAGGAGAGUUCUCGGACUAUGGCAAAAAAUAAAAGGAGGAAGCUUCUUCUUGCCUUGAAAGAGAAUCUCGAGCAGCUCCGCAAUAGUCCCAUGGACAAUCAGACAUUGCUAGAAUGGAUUGUAAAGAUGCGAAAGGAAUUUUCGAUUUGUAUGGGAAAUAUAGGAAAUGUGAUAGCCGAUAACGAUUCGGAAGUUUCAGAUGAUGAAGGCACGGAUGCAGGAAGCCAAAGUAUUUUUAGUGCUGAACUGGCAAGCGAAGGGACAUCGAUGAGCGACAGUACUUGA